AUUGUCAAAAACAAAAACAUAACCAAAUUUCCAGUUGUUUCGUAACAGCCCCAAAAGAACAUUUUUUAUUACAAAAAAAAUGUCGAAAGCAGCAAAAAAUAUUCGAAUACACGAUGUUAAUCCAUUUUUCCAAAGAAUUCGAGAGUUUCUACUAGGACGAAAACAUACUUUAGCUCUAAGAUUUCAGGAUACCAUAGCUGCCAGAACCCAGCCUGCGCCCGCCCUACCGGACGGGCCUGCCCACAAAUUAGCUGCGAAUUACUAUUUCACGAGAGAUGCCAGACGGGAAGUUGGCCCUCCAGAAAUAGUCGCACCGAAACCCAAAGAAAUCGGAGCCGGCGACAAAACCGAAUCCCUCAAACGUAUCACGCCCGGAAAUGUCUACCAUUGGGAUUAGAUUCGAUACAAUUCAAAUUUAGAGCGUGUACAUAGAAAAUACAAAUACCCGUUAAAAUAAAAUUUAUUUAA